AUUUCGCAAAAGGUAUUUAUUCAUUUCGUCGAGAGAAAUGCGUCGUGCCACUAGGGGUGUUAAGGCGCUAAUGAAAUGCUGUCUUUUACUUUUCCUUGUUCGGAUAUCUCUUUUCAACUCAUACUUUGAUACAGAAUUUGGAGAAAUAAUUUUCCAAGGAUCGGACGCAGUUUGGAAACCAGUGUUGAAAGCCAAAGACCAUUUUUUAGUUUACUCAGCAUAUCUUAAUGAUUCUUCUCAAACUGUACGGAUUGUGGGAGCUACUAGAGUGAAGAGUUUGUUAAUAAACGGAAAAAGAUUAAAUACGAUUCCUGUUCAGAUGCAAGAAAUCGCCUGGUGUCGCUUUUGGUACAAUAAAUACGAGGAGACCGCAAAUGAAUUCGCAUCACUUGUUCCGGCACUAAUUAAGCCUAUCAGGGAACACUGGAACAUGGAUUACUUGGCCUGCUUUAUAUUUUGCCAUAUGCCGGACAAAAGAAGGAUUCCCAUCAGCGUGUCAGUGUACUCGGACGCAGCAGCCCACCUUUUUCUGACAACCAAAAACAAAACUGACUUGCUUGAGCCAGGAAACAGACUUCAAAUUCAUGUACUUAGGAGAAAAGAAUCAUCUUUUUCAAAUCCAACUCUGGCUGCUUGCGUGAAACCACUGCAUUACAAUUACAGCAAGGUUUGGGAGUUAAUCGAAUGGAUCGAAUUGAACAAAAUUCUGGGAAUCAGUCACUUUUAUUUCUACGACCACGAAGUCACCGAGAACACGAGUUGCGUGCUGAACGAAUACUCAAAAUUAGGAACAGUCACUGUUCUCGACUGGAAAAAUCUACCAUUUAUGUCACAAAAGAACAUUCGCACAGAAAACAUGUUCGCCGCCUUAAACGAUUGUCUCUACAGAGGGAUGUACAAGCAUGCGUAUCUCACCAUGAUCGACACAGACGAGUUCAUCGUGCCGCGGGAAAAUGUUUCCUUGGUGGAAUUCAUGCGAUUAUCCGAGAAAGAGGAUCCUUUGCUCGCGGCUGCUGUGUUUCCUAAUGUCUUUUAUUAUCUACAAUGGCCCGACAAUCCGAAUUACAAAGGACUCGACUUGGUGACGCAAAAGAAGACUAGGCGGAGAACGGUUUUUACCCCUCGUGGAGGAAGGGCCAAAUACAUCUGUAAGCCAGAAAGAGUCGCUGAAGUUGGGAAUCACAAACUGUGGGAAAUGUCAGACAAAAUAUUCAAACAGCUUUUAAUCUCAACCUCCUACGCUUCCUUGCAUCAUUACCGCAAAUGUGAGACGGAAGGUGAUUGGUGCGUUAAAUUACCACACGUCCAAGACAAUUACAUGACCAAGUACAAAAGCCAACUUGAACAGAACAUUCUGUCGGUGCAGUACACGAUCGGCAAGAAAUGUAAUCUCAUACCAAUAAAUCAAAUUGUUUAAAUUGUAUAAUUCAUUUAACUUGGAAACUAAAAAAUAUCCGUGUAAUAAUGAUAGUGUCACAUUGUGUCGUUCAAUUUUUAACGCAAUUUUAUUCAUGACCGCGAUUCCAUGAUGAGUUAAAUUUAAUUAUUCUUUAACCUCUGCUCUGCACAUUUAAUUUUGAAUUUGGUUGAGACAAAAUGUAAUGCGGAUGUAAAAAUAAGCAUAUAAUGCUGCUCCAGUUUGACGUAUUCACGAAAAUAUAUACAGGAACAACACCCUUUGUUAUAAAAAAUAUCAAACGCAGUUAAUUAAGUUU